GUCAGGUCCUCUACAAGUUCAGAUGUGCACAGUAUCACAGUAUGUGUUUGCAAUUAUUACAUAAUCGUCUGAUCGCAAUUAUUUGAGCUGACCGCAAUCAUUUUGCAUAACUGUUAGAAUAGUUUCCAUUCAUCUGUAUAAAACCACUGAUUUCUUCAGAUGGGACUGCUGAGGAUGAUGACGCACCUUCUGUCCCAGAAGUGAUGCAAUGGUUGACUGGACACACAGGCACCUACUUCUGUCAUAGAGAGAACCUUUUUACUAUGAAGAACUUAUAUAGGCUAUUACUAUAUGAAGAACUUAUAUUACUAUAUGAAGAUUUUACUUGAAAGUACAUACUUUUCUUCAAUUCAUCAUCAGGUACAGGUAACGAAGAACUCAAAAAUGAGCAAAGACACUUCACUGGAAACAAGGAGUGAUAUUUAAAACACUUAUGUGGAAAUGCCACAGUUGGCUUUCAUUCAACCCUGAGUCAAAAGUGAGAAAGUAUUCAUACUAACUGAGAAAAAAUGGCCCAUCCCAGCCCCGGGCUGAGCUCCUCCUCAACGAACGCACUACCCUCAAGCAGAUUAAGAUUAAAUCAAGGAGAGUUGGUGCGGGUUCUCUAUCUCUCUAUCUCUCUCUCUCUCUCUCUCUCUCUCUCUCUCUCUCUCUCUCUCUGUCUCUCUCAAAAUCACGUUGUGUGUGAUAUGCAACAGGAUGUCACACAAUCAUUUGUAAAUGUAGAUCAUGUUGAUUUCCUCAGCAGGGCUGAUCGAGGGGUGUGUACUCUUGUCAGGAAGAGAACCCCUCUGGCAUUCCUGGGAACUGAAAUCCAUCAGGGCAUGACAGAGUUUAAAUAGGCGACACACACUCUCUCCCUGCAGAUUCACACUUGCUGGGACGUCUAUCUAAACUACAUCACCAGGAGAAGAGAAUACUCAUACUCUCAACAGCAACUAUGGCGCUUGAGAUAAGCAAAGUCGAGCUCCACGUCAAGGAAAACAAUAAGGAGCACCGCACUGAUGACGUAACCGUAAAACGUUUGAUGGUGCGGCGUGGCCAGAACUUCAAAAUCACUCUCAAGACCAAUCGGCAGUUCCAGCCUGAUACCGACACGCUAAUUUUUACUGCGGAGACAGGACCCAAGCCAUCAGAGGAAAAGGGCACGCGUUGCGUGUUUGGUUACCCAAAGUUGACGGGUGCAAAGAAAGCAUGGACAGCACUGGUACAGGAGAGUGGCCGAUCUUCCAUGACCUUGGCCAUAAGCAGCCCAGCUGAUGCCAGUGUGGGCUCUUACAAUCUGUAUAUGAGGGAAGGGUCACACACCACCCCUCAAUCCAUCACAAACAUGGUGCUCCUCUUUAAACCCCUGGUGCACAGGUAUGCACUUCCUGAAACACACAAGCACAAACAGGCUCAUAUGAGCUAUGGCUCAUCAGAGGCUCAUAUGUAA